CGUUGCGUUGCUGCCGGCUACUUUUACUGCCGCGCCAGGCGCUCUUGAACCCGGAGCCGGCCCCGCAUAUAACGCUUCCUCUUAAUUUUUUUUAUUUAAAAAAAUCUUAUUUUUGUUUUUCUUUCCCCACCCUUCGCCCGCAGUAGGGUUGGGCUCAGCCAUGUUCAGCUGGGUAAGCCGCGACGCGCGGCGGCGCAAGGAACCCGAGCUGUUCCGCACCGUCUCGGAAGGUCUGAAGCAACUGUACGCCGGCAAGCUGCUGCCGCUGGAGGAGCACUACCGCUUCCACGACUUCCACUCGCCGGCGCUGGAGCCCGCCGACUGGGAGAGCAAGCCCAUGGUGCUGCUGGUGGGCCAGUACAGCACGGGCAAGACCACCUUCAUCCGCCACCUGCUGGAGCAGGACUUCCCCGGCAUGCGCAUCGGGCCCGAGCCCACCACGGACUCCUUCAUCGCCGUCAUGGGCGGCGAGAGCGAGGGCGUCAUCCCGGGCAACGCGCUGGUCGUCGACCCCCGGCGCCCCUUCCGCAAGCUCAACGCCUUCGGCAACGCCUUUCUCAACAGGUUCAUGUGUGCUCAGCUGCCCAACCCAGUCCUGGACAGCAUCAGCAUAAUCGACACCCCUGGAAUCCUGUCUGGAGAGAAGCAGCGGAUAAGCAGAGGCUACGACUUCGCGGCGGUCCUGGAGUGGUUUGCUGAGCGUGUGGACCGCAUCAUCCUCCUCUUUGACGCCCACAAGCUGGACAUCUCGGACGAGUUCUCCGAGGUGAUCAAGGCCCUGAAGAACCACGAGGACAAGAUCCGGGUGGUGCUGAACAAGGCGGACCAGAUCGAGACGCAGCAGCUGAUGAGGGUCUACGGUGCCCUCAUGUGGUCGCUGGGCAAGAUCAUCAACACGCCCGAGGUGGUUCGUGUCUACAUUGGCUCCUUCUGGUCCCACCCGCUCCUCAUCCCGGACAACCGGAAGCUCUUCGAGGCGGAGGAGCAAGACCUCUUCAAGGACAUCCAGUCCCUCCCGCGAAACGCUGCCUUAAGAAAGCUCAAUGACCUCAUCAAGCGGGCCAGGCUGGCCAAGGUCCAUGCCUACAUCAUUAGCUCCUUGAAGAAGGAGAUGCCCAACGUCUUCGGGAAGGAGAGCAAGAAGAGGGAGCUGGUGAGCAACCUGGGGGAGAUCUACCUGAAGAUCGAGAGGGAGCACCAGAUCUCGCCGGGGGAUUUCCCCAACCUCCGGAAAAUGCAGGAGCUGCUGCUGACCCAAGACUUCAGCAAGUUCCAGCCGCUGAAGUCGAAGCUUCUGGACGCGGUGGACGACAUGCUGGCCAACGACAUCGCCCGCCUGAUGGUGAUGGUGCGGCAGGAGGAGUCUCAGAUGCCCACUCAGGUGGUGAAGGGCGGGGCCUUCGAGGGCACCAUGAACGGGCCCUUUGGCCACGGCUACGGCGAGGGGGCAGGCGAGGGCAUCGACGACCUGGAGUGGGUGGUGAGCAAGGACAAGCCCACCUACGACGAGAUCUUCUACACCCUCUCGCCCGUCAACGGCAAGAUCACGGGCGCCAGCGCCAAGAAGGAGAUGGUCAAGUCCAAGCUGCCCAACACCGUCCUGGGCAAGAUCUGGAAGCUGGCGGACGUGGACAAGGACGGGCUGCUGGACGACGAGGAGUUUGCCCUCGCCAACCACCUCAUCAAGGUCAAGCUGGAGGGGCACGAGCUGCCCUCCGAACUGCCCUCUCACCUGGUGCCGCCCUCCAAGCGCAGGCACGAAUGAUGCCACCU